AAAUAUAAAAACAGCAUAUAUAGAUAUAUAGCAGAGACUUUAGAGAGAAAAGGCAAGCUAAGCUAACAAGAAGAAGAAGAAGAUAUAUCAAUGGCGGAUUGGGGGCCAGUAGUUGUAGCACUGAUUCUGUUCAUUCUUCUAUCUCCAGGGCUUCUCUUUCAGGUCCACGGUGCCGAAAAGUUCAUCGUGUUCGGAAACUUCGAAACAAGUGCCACCUCCAUUUUUCUUCAUUCCCUCAUCUUCUUCGCCCUCUUCUGUCUCUUCACUCUCGUCCUUCAUCCUCAUAUCUACAUCUGAUACAUCAAUCUCAUGUAAUAUCAAUUUCAUCUCUUCCCAGGUAUAUAUAAACUAAGUUCCAUACAUCGUAUCAAUUUUCUUUUCCUUUCGUUUAAAAAGAAAAUGUUUAAAUUUGUAUGUUAAUGAAAUUGUUGUAUCGUAUCGAUUUUAAUAACUUGUUGCCCCUCUCGAUUCACGCUUGAACUUUUCAUUUGAAUCUCAAUUGUAUCGGUUUCUUAAAUUUAGUACCAAACUCAUUAUCUUACCCAA